AUGGCUUCCACGACCACCGAAGCCUACGUCGCCCGAGCUAGUGGCAUCUCUCUAGAAAAAGUCACCUACUCACCUCUCGCCGCCGACGAAAUCCUCGUUGACAUCGUAUCCGCUUCCGUCUGUCAUUCGGAUGUGAAAGCUGCUCAGGUAAGUAGGUCCUAUUGGAGAAAGCACCCGGACGCACAUCCGCUCCCGUCGUGCCUAACAUUUCUCACCACAGGGCACCUUCCACCUCCAACUCCCUCUCAUACUCGGCCACGAAGGCGCCGGCUACGUCAAAGCAAUCGGCAGCAGCGUCACAUACGUCCAACCGGGCGACGCAGUCGUGCUCACCUUCACCAACUGCGGGAAAUGCCGUCGUUGCCUGAGUGGAAAAUCGCCCUACUGCGAUGACAUCUUCCAAUUGAACUUCUCCGGGAAACGAGAGAAUGGCGAAUUCCCCGUCAGGGAUGCGGAAGGGAAAGCAAUCCACGGUCUCUUCUUCGGCCAAAGCUCCAUGAGUCGCAUCGCUCUGGUGAAGCAGAAUUCCGCCGUGAAAAUUGAACCCAAACCGGAAACGAGGGAGGAAUUGAAGAUUUUCGCGGCUUUGGGAUGUGGGAUUCAGACUGGUGCUGGGGCGAUCCUGUAUUGUCUCUCCCCUUUCCAAACCCCAGCCCCCCCCCUCCCCCCUCUUCUUUUUCCUACCUUAGACUUCCUCCAAGCUAACUCCCGUCCCCGUGAUAUCUCCAGCAACAUCGCCCAUCCCCCUCCCUCCUCCACCAUCGCAAUCUUCGGCGCCGGAGCCGUCGGCCUCUCCGCCGUCCUCGCCACCCUCCUCUCCUCCCCCACCUCCACCAUCAUCCUAAUCGACAACUCCCCCACCAAACUGCACCAUCUCCUCCAGGCCCUCCCGAUCAUGCAACACGUCACGACCGUAGAUUCCACCUCCACGACCCCGGACUCCCUCUCCGAGCAUCUGAAAUCCCUCACUCCCGAGGGCAGGGGCCUGGAUUUCGCUCUCGAUUGCGUCGGGAACUCCGACGUGACGCGGGCGGCUCACAUGGCGCUGGAUAAAUGCGGCUUGUUGUUGAAUGUGGGCUCGAGCGCGACGGCAAGGGCGGAAUACACUCUGGCCUCGCAUCUCGUUCGCGGAAUAACCGUACGGGGGACACAUCAAGGGGAUUCGGUGUCGAGGGUGAUGGUUCCACAUCUGAUAUCUCUGUGGCGAAAAGGGAGGUUCCCGUUCGAUGGGCUUUUGAGCGAAUACAAAUUCCAGGACCUCAAUCAGGCAUUGGAGGACAUGCGCGCAGGGAGAGUAGUCAAGCCUCUACUUGUUCUAUGA